AGAGACCAGAGGGAGGGGAGACCAGUGGGGAGAGAGAGACUAGAGGGAGGGGAGACCAGUGGGGAGAGAGACCAGAGGGAGGGGAGACCAGUGGGGAGAGAGAGACUAGAGGGAGGGGAGAACAGCUGGUACAGGGACACCAAAGGGAGACCAGUGGAUACUGGGAGACCAGGGGGGACUCCUCAUAAUCAACAUGCAGAUAAAGGCUGACAGCACCUAAUGGGCCUAAUGUGUUUUCUGAAGAUAAUAAAAAUAGAAUCCAUUAUCAUGCAAACAAACAGUCUGUUUUAGUCGAUCCGUACUCAUCACAUUCCAUUGGUAAAAAAAAAGCUAUUAUAUAUCCCUAAUGACAACUGUGAAUUAAACAUUUUAAUGUGUUUCUUAUUGAUGUAUAGAUAACAAUAAGUAAGUAAUAAGAAUGAACUCACCCCAGCUUUUACACACACACACACACACACACACACACACACACACACACACACACACACACACACACACACACACACACACACACACACACACACACACACUGGAGAUUUUGUUUUCAAUAUGCAUGAUAUAACGCUCUAAUAAAGCACAGCAUGAACCCCUUUUAGAAAUUAAUAUUUAAUACAAAGAAUGAAUUAUGCAUUUCAUUGAACAGGAAUUGUCUGUCAAAAACCAAUUAGGUGCCAUUGAUGGUCAUCUCUGGUUACGCUGCUGAUCUUAGUGGUUCAUGUGGGACAGCCUGUCUCUGCAGAAUCUGUUAGACCACACUGUAGAAAUAAAUAGAUACCUGCUUUCAGUGGCACCAUUAUUCAAAUAAACAAUGAUUUCAAAUGGAAAUCAAAACUCAAGAAUGAGCAAACAUGAAAUACACAGAUCAAAAAACCUCUGAUCCUGGUUACCUUGGAAACACGGAAACAAAACAGAAUUUCAGAUUCACAGAUCCGUCCAACUUGACAACACCUGCGGAAAGCUGUUCAUUUUGACAAACGACCCUUCUCAGAUGAACCAAGUCGUUUCGUGUAACGCUGAGGGUCCUAUAACAGGCGGACGGGCCAACUCUCCAGAUUGGUUUCAGACACCUCAGUGGUGCUGGUCUCAGCCCUUAGCUCAGAACCACCAUGCCGCCCCUCACAGGCAGGCUAGCCUCUCAGCCUCCCACCAAAACCAUCAUUGUGUACAGGAAUGGGGAUGCGUUCUUCCCAGGAAGAAAAUUAGUGGUCAAACAACGCCAAGUGACCACCUUUGACACUCUUUUAACACUUCUGACGAGUGGACUUGAGGCUUCCUUCGGAGCGGUCAGAAACGUGUACACUCCGAGAGAAGGCCACAAGGUGUCUGAGCUGGAGGAGCUGAGGACCGGAGAGAGAUAUGUGGCAGCCGGGGCAGAGCGCUUCAAACGACUCAGCUAUUUGCUAAUAACUCCUAGGAAACCAGAGCCUAAGAAGAAAGAAGAGAUCAAGCCAGUAACUCACAGCCGAAUCGUAGUUCCUGCCAGGUGUUUGAGGAGCAAUAAAGAUUCAUGCACUAUCAAUGUUUUUACCAACGGGGACGUCUUCGUCCCCCCUGCCCGUAUCCUGAUCCCUAAGUUCACGCUGAGCAGCUGGGAGAAGGUGCUGGCCCUGGUGACGGAGAAGGUGGAGCUCAGGACAGGGGCAGUGCACAGGCUGUUCUCUCUGGAGGGCCGCCCGCUGCGGGGGCCCGAGGACCUCAGGAGCCAACAGUACUACGUGGCCGUGGGAGCAGAGAGGUUCAGGGUCAAGGCCUACAGCCAGUGGGUGCCCUGUACCGCCCUUAUCAGAGAGGACCAGGCGAUGCUCUCCACUCUACUACCUCCCCGUGAUUCCUCAGGACUUUGUAAACAUCAUGUGACAAAGGGCAGCGCGUUCAGUGGGAGGAGCCAGAGGGAGGAGGAAGCAGGAGCGGUGGAGGUGCAGGAGGAGAGUGAGCUGGAGGUGGAGCUGCCCAUCGAUCAGGUGGAGGCCAGAGAGGUGGAGGAGGAGUCUGGACAAAGAGGAAUUGAACCCAGCGGGAUCCGCGAGGGCCUUCAGGGGCGUCGGCUCCCCGGGCGUUUGCCCAUGGGUGUCAGCGGGAGAGACAUUGGUACAGCUGUGUUCCACAACGCCAUCAUCCAGAGAGCUGUAACCGUGAUGAUCUUCUCGGAGGACUCACACUCUGUACUACUCUGA